GGUGUUGGGGACCAGGAGAAUGAUUGCGGGGGAUCCAUCUUGGUGUUUGGGUCUGGGAAGGCACUCACAGGAGGCAGUUCCCAGCUUCAACUCUGUUUUUACUCUGGCCAGGACAAGUGGCAGCACCUGGCCUCGGAGAGCAGCACCAGACUGGACAUGUUUGAGCACAUCAGCCUUACGACCUUGGACAGUCUGCAGAAAUGCGUCUUCAGCUUUGAAAGCAAUUGUCAGGAAAAGCCCAGUGAAUAUAUUGCUGCCAUCUUGGAGCUCAGUGCAUUUGUAGAAAAAAGAAACCAGCAUGUUCUCUUGUACCCGGACUUCCUGUAUCAUCUCACUCCUGAUGGGCAGCGCUUCCGCAGGGCCUGCCGCCUGGUGCACGACUUCACAGAUGCCGUCAUCCAGGAGCGGCACCGAACCCUCCCCACUCAGGAUAUUGAUGAUUUCCUCAAGAACAAGGCAAAGUCCAAGACUUUGUACUUCAUUGAUGUGCUUCUGCUGAGCAAGGAUGAAGAUGAGAAGGAGUUGUCUGAUGAGGACAUAAGAGCAGAAGCUGACACCUUCAUGUUUGGGGGUGAGGGUCUCACAGCCCAGAAACCCAGUUUUGCUUGGCUGCCCCUCAGGCCAUGUGGUCUCUCCUGGGUCCUAUACCACCUCGCAAAGCACCCAGAAUACCAGGAACACUGCCGGCAAGAAGCACGAGAGCUUCUGAAGGAUCGUGAGUCUAUUGAGAUUGAAUGGUGAGCGCAGGUGCUGGCCUGUUCCUGAUCUUUUCCCAUUGGUUCUGCUCCUCAGGUGGGGGAGUGGGGGAGGAGUUG